AUGAGCUCCAAUAUUUUACUCACCUACCUGCGCUCCAUUAUACUGGGGUGCUUUCUAUUAACUGAGACCUCGUGUCAAGAGCUAUUCCUAUACGCCGGAGGCAGUCCUGUUGCAAAGUCGGUCUACAGUGACCUAUUUCAGGAAUACACCAGGCGUCACGAAAAAGAUAUCCUAGUAAGUACUUUUUCGGUCACAUUUAUAAUUCGCAACCAGUAUUCACCGUAAACUGACUAAUAAGCAUUGCCUAAUUUAUAUUUUCCAAAACUUGCACAACAAGGCUCAUUCAUUCACACCAACUGGAAAGUGACUUCAGCUGUUUACAGCCUAUACGUAAAAUUGAAUAAAAUAAUAAUAAUAAGUGCAUUUGCUUUAAUUGCUGAUAAGCAAGGCAAAGAGUAAGAAUGGCAGUCCAGAAACCUCACCUUCUAGCCCCUUUUGGUACUAUUAUUAGCUUUCCUUAUAGAUAUUUUAUUUAAAACUGUCGUACACAAGUAAUGAGGUGUUUUUACUAUACAUUUAAAUCAGCGUAGACUGUUUUAUGUUAUGAAUGUACAGAUUUUGGAAAUAUUUUGUGCUGUCCUGUACGCACAGCUAAUUACAUAAAGACAUCGGGUGUUUAUUGUCAAUUAGGUUUACCCAAAACUUUCUUGCUUCUAACUGAAACUGACAUAAAGUCCCAUUCCCUCUUCUAGUUUACAAAUGCUGGAGAAGGUAGCAGGGCAGCAGCUAGAGCCGAAAUUACGAAUGUUUAGUAAUAAUAAUGUUUAGUAAUUCUGCGAAGCCAGUGUAAUUGACCUGUUUCAGCCACUGACUGUGAAGCCUAGGGCCUACCUGAUCGAAGUUAUUAGUUUCGCAAACGCCUAUCAAACCUUUUUCCUUCCUUUAGGCAAAAUUCAACUUGGAUAGUCUUAGGUAGCUUAAGAGUUCAUAUUAAGUAGGAUACAAAAGGGAGAGGAAGAGCUAAUUAUGCGUCUAUCUGUGGCUCCUCUCACUCAGGCGCGUUUCUGGCACCGGAGUUCAAGAAAGAACAGUAGAUGGCGUAUGUCAAAACAUAUGCGUAGAUUUACGAGGAAGCUCUAUUCACUCUGAAACCGGGUCAAAGUUCUCCGACAAAAACUCCCUAACUAGCAAUUAACGACGUUAUGUGAAAUAUAAAUCUAACAGAUCUUUUAGAAGUAAUAUUACGCUGGCUAUGAAUAACAGUUGGUUUGGUAAGACUCUCUAGUUUAAGAAUACUCUUCUUUCGUAGAAAGGCACUUACGGGUGCGAAAACUUGUUCUAGAACUGCUGUUAACCUAAGAAAUUGCCUUAAUCCCAGGAGCCGCUGAUUUCUGCUCAGAUUUGUAGACGUCUUCCCUGAUAAAACUGAUUCUACAUACAUUCCGCAUGAGAAUAGGACAUAGUCAGGAAUGGGUAGGUGAAUACGUUAACUGGACAACGCUUUAUGCGUCCCCACACUUGCGUCAUCACGUUUCAUGAAUUACGCCACUUGCUGUAGUCUGGGGCUUCAAAAGAUAGUCAGCAAUCGUUUUUACUCUGUGGCUGGUGCAACCAUGUGAUCUCAAAUAAACAAUAAGUAGAAUAUAGAGUUUUAUUCCACUAAAGCUAUAACUUACGGUGAAGUCAGCUGAUGACAGGAAAAUGAGUCUGCACGAAUACAAUAAAAUAAAUAGAAAAAACGACUGGACGGAGAUUAUUAAAAGGAACUUAACAGAUCCUUUAAAGUGAUGGGUAGAUGUAUGAAGUUUAACAUAAUUUGACCGCAUGUGAUCUAUUUAUACGAGCGCAUUUAGACUAUUUAGGCUACCGAAAUAAGCUAGAAGGCGGGAGAAUGGACAGAAACAUGGAUAGUGUUCAGUUUUAUUUUGGAUGUUAAUAGAAUAUGUCAUAAGAUGUAAUUAUGCAGUUGCACCUGAUAGACACAAUACUCUUAUGGAUUAGGGCUAGGAUUACGGAUAGGGAUUAGGCGUUAGGGUUAGGGAUUAGGGCGACUAUUUCUCAACCACUCAAAGUACAACCGCGCAUUCCCAAUAGCUUUUCUUUUGCAUAUAAUUACUUGACCUCGUUGCCUGUGCGUUCACCGGUCCCACCUGUAAAAAGCCCUAUUACCACCGGUCCUGAAUAGGAGGUGGCUGGGGUUUGCCAACCUCAGGUGCGGCUACAUAACCCCAUCUGACCCCCUAAACGACUGUCUAUUGUCUAUUGUCAUUCCUCCCAAAACUACAGUGCGUGACCUAUCUCAUGAAAUGUUGGCUGAAAUUCUGAAAUGCGUUCUCGAUUAGGAAGGAUUACUUGGUCGCGAUUGUGAUAAUGAUUAUCGUAAGGCAUACUCUUAUAACAUUUUGGACUCGGCAGGAUGUCGGCUUUUAAAUGCACUUCUUUUCAAUCUCCUUAGAAAGCGUGCUCGGUAAAAAAUGACUACUUAAGUAGCAUGCAUUUUUUCCAUUUAUUUUCGAUGGUCUUGGAAAUUCAAAUAUAUUUUAUAGAAACCACAAACAAAAAUAUGCUUUCUUUUAGUCAAUCAAUAGAGAAUCACGUCUUCUUUAUAUUUUAUAUCUAAGGAAGGAGUAUAAUUAGGCUUUAAAAAAGUUUCUAAUUAUGAGACUUUUUAAGACCGCUAUAUGUCCAUUCACAUAGCAUCGUACCUGGACGUUUACCACUGCUCCUUAUGAAAUGUACAGCAUGGUCCGCAUCCAUUGCAAAAUUUUAUGGACCCUGUAUGAUAUCUCUUUAACGACAUAGAAAAAUAUGGGAUUUUCUUUACGCGGAACGCAUGCACCUUGUUGAGUGAAAUCACUUAGCGCUAAUGCAACGAAUGAUCAGGCUCCAAAUUUUUCGGCAAUUAGAAAACUUUGUUAAAACCUAAUUAUACUUCUUCCUUAAGUAUAAAAUAUAAAGAAGACGUGAUUCUCUAUUGAGUGACUAAAAGAACGCAUAUUUUCGUUUGUGGUUUCUAUAAAAUAUAUUUGAAUUUCCAAGACCAUCGAAAAUCAAUGGGAAAAAUGCAUGCUACUUAAGUAGUCAUUUUUUACCAAGUACGGUUUCUACAGGAGAUUGAAAAGAAGUGCAUUUAAAAGCCGACAUCCUGCCGAGUCCAAAAUGUUAUAAGAGUAUGCCUUAAGAUAAUCAGUAUCACAACCGCGACCAAGUAAUCCUUCCUAAUCGAGAACGCAUUUCAGAAUUUCGGCCAACAUUUCAUGAGAUAGGUCACGCACUGUACUGAGAAAGCUAUUAUUUGGGAAUUCUUUGGACAGGUAUGCAGACAAACCGCCAGCGUCGCUACGGGAUAGACCUCAAAUCCCUUCUAAUGGGCAUAUUUCGGAGGGAAGCUAGAAGGCUGCAGAACGUACGAGACCAUGAAUAGUGUUCAGUUUCAUUUUAGGUGUUUCGAGAAUAUCUUUGCUAUAAUGAGGGGACACGGGCUUGGAUGAUAAACUGUGGGAAGUAAAUAGUAAACUUAGAGGGGCUCUAGCGGACAAAGUAACCGGCGACUCAUUUUAGGGGUGUGGAGAUCGUACUCUUACAUCAAACGAAGCAUGCAGUGUUUGCGUGGGAGAGUCCACGAGCGGCUGCCCCAUCCACGACUGAGAGGGUACUUCACCAACACCUCUGUCAUCUACGUUCACUCACUAACAUCAACUAUCAACCAGCACUUGCAUGAGUUGAUUGAAAGACCAAAGCGCCGUGACCUGAUGCUAGAUGGUGGGGCUGGAAUAAUCGCACUGGGUGGGGUACUUAGCCACCUGAGGAGGACUAUGAUCUUCGGAUGUCCCUAAUGGAAAAACUGACGAGCAUAGGAAAGUCCCCCUGCAGACACGGCGUGUUCAUUCGACCACUUUUAUGGUAAACCACCUGGAGAUCACUGCAGGCAAUUGACAAGUGAGUUGGAGGGCAGAAAUCGAAUGGAGUCACUAUGUGGGCCGUUCAGAAUACACGGUUCGGCACGGCGCAGUAGGCAUGAAAUCAGCCAGCCAGUCGGCGCGUGGGUGCAUCUUCGAGCAAGCGUGAUACUUUUGUUCGCGCGGCCGGCAAAAUCAAUGACAUUCCAGAUUUUUCCACGAGGGGAUCUCAUCCAAGAAAAAGCCAAUCCAAUGCCAGCACGGCAGAGGCCAAAAUGUUCUAGAACAGUAAGUAGUCGAGCAAAUAAUGCGAGUUAUAGCAAAUUACUCAUCAUGUUACUCGGGUUGGCAGAAUAAAGAGGUUAUUCCUGAACCUCGACUUCCUUCUCUCUCUCUGUCUCUCAUCCACUGUUCGGAACGUAACAACAUUUGACAGGACGUUUCUGCUUUCGACACUCCUGGCAUUUUAUUCGUAAACCCCGCACCUUCUUUCGACAGGAGGCAAGGAUAACCGAUCUUUAGGAAUAACCUUCAUGCACAUGUUUAGAAGGUGGGCAAAUUCAUGAAAUAUCAACCGAAACUCCGAAAUGCGCUUUCGUAGCAUAAAGAUUAAUUAAGCGUGGUUGCAAAACUAAUCAUCGUCCAGCAUAAUUCGAUAAUAAUCCAGUUACAUCAGAGUGUCUUCUUUCGAACGAACUUAUUUCCCACUGCAAAAAAUGACUACUUAAGUGGCAUGCAAUUUUCUCGCUAAUUUUUUAUGACCUUAAGAGUUCAAUUACAUUCCAUGAACAAAAUGCACAAACACAUUCAUUCUUUUAUUUAUUCGGAAGAAAUAACAUCUUCUUUCAAUUUUAUACUCGAAAGAGGAGUAUUAUUGGGUUUCAAGAAGGUUUCUAAUUGUGAGAUUUUUUACUACCGUGAAAUUGACGUUCAUAAAGCGUCAUGUAUCUGCAUUUACCAAUGUGGCUUGUAAAUUUAAUAGUAUGAAUCAAAUCCAAUGCUAAAUUUUAUGAACACCAUAUUGUCUCCUCUUAAUACCGUAGAGGAAUGUAUGGUUUUCCGCACACGGAAAAUAUACGGCUUAUAAUUUUGAAACCCUGAAUGCAAGUACAACAGCAGGUCGGUUUCGAAAUUAUUCGGGAAUUAGAAAAGUCUUGAAAAACCGAAUUAUACUCUUCUUCCGAGUAUAAAAUUGGAAGUCGACGUGAUUUUCUACCGAAGAAGUAAAGAAAUAAAUAUUUCGAUGCAUUUUUUCCAUGAAAUAUAAUUGAAUAUUCAAGGGUAUCUAAAAUCAAUGAGAAAAAUUCAUGCUACUUCAGUAGUCAUUUUUGCAGAGUACAGUUCUUGCACGCAGUCGGAAAUUAGUUCAUUUGAAAGCCGGUACCCUUCGGUAACUGGUUCAUUAUAGAAUAAUGCAGUAUGAUGAUUAGUUUUAGAACCCUAUUAAUUAAUCUUCUUUGAAACGAGAACGCAUUUUGGAAUUUCGGUCGACAUUUCAUGAGUUACCCCACCUACUGUAUCUAUUCGCCUGCUCAAGUGGAGUCGGAAAUCUCGGUGGAACGACAUGACGCCUACAAAGUGGGACUGCGGAACACCCGCCGGCCUGGGUAGCAAAAGGCGAUGGAGGGAGGAUCUCAAGAUAAUUGAGGUUUUAUAUCGGACUGAGGCCGACAGCCACGCGCGAACCAGCAUCCCAUGAGCGCUGACGGAUUUCGUGUAAGCGCUGGUGACCAGUAGGCAUUCUCGUGCGGACGUAACUCCUUAAUUUCAAGGUUCUACUAAUGGCGUCGUUGUCCUUACCACACUUCUAACGACAGACCGGAAGGAAGCGCUAGAACUCGAAGGUCAGAAAAUUCACCUCGCCUGGCUACGUGAAACCGUCCACCCGUCGAAUUCCCGCUCAUUGUUCUACCGUUAGCAGUCAAUAACUCCUCGAUUCACAGCCACGCGAACAAUUAGUAUUGCCUCAUCUGCCCGGUUACACACAAUUUCCGACUGGGCGGUUUUACUUAUUUUCCCCAGCAUCCGAUCAGAAAAGCUCCAUUUAUUACAAUUACAGACUGUAUCAGAACAGCCUGUCCGUUUAUACGUUCUUUUGCUGUCGAGGCUGGGCGCAUACGUCUUUCAACUAGCGUGUGUCGUCGGACGCCACUUUCCUGAGCCGUGUUCGGUUUAUCCUUCAGCAUUCUUGUAUGUCCGACUGUCGAGUCCAAGGUUGAACAAUGAUCGGUAAGGACUGCUUAUAUGCCCCGGCAGCACGUGGGAAUAGGAACGCUCGGUAAUAUUGGUGGAUUUGAGCUAAACUCCAGCAAAAUUAUUGUUAGGGUUAGGCUUGAGGUUAAGGUUGAGUUUAGGAUGAGGGUAUUAUCAGAGUUAAGGUUAGGAUUAGGACAUGGGAGAAGGUCGCAAGUUCGCCUGAAUUACGGAAGGGAGUGUUCUUAUCUCGGCGCCCCGGCACGGGCGGGAGAACAUGCAAACCAUCCUCGACCAAUAGUUCACCAAGACAUUAGGUGCUUAUAGUUCUCCCUCCCAACCCACUAUUUUUUUCCGAUUUGAUGUCGCAAUGAUUCUGUUUGGACCUUGCUACCACAAACUUCACUUUUUACACUUAUCGGAUUUAUUCCGCCCAGGUCAAAGGGGAAUUUCUAGUGGCCGACAUCCAUGAGUGCCUUGGGAAACUGUUGCAUCAGGAGCAAUCCCUGCUGUCCUUCAUUGUGACACGAAAAGGCAGAUUUUGUACUAUCGCUGAUUACUCGACCUCCUUCAUCGCCUUCCCCGUCUUCUACACGUGAGUCCUCUCCUAUCCCCACAAGUUAUGACUGCGGGACCGACAUAUGUGAGUGUUUAAACAGUACCAUGAAAUAGAAACUCCCCGCCUAAAUAAUAAGGGUGGACCUGUGUAUAAUUAUAGAAAGGGCAACAUGUUCCCGUGCCGUAACCAUAACCAUAAUCCUAAUAUAAAACUAAACUGUUGUCCUAAUCCUGACCCUAACCCCCCUCCAGGCGUGAACCUACAGUUAACACUAGACCCUCUCUUAACUCAGAACUUGAUUCUGACUUUCUUUGCCGUAAAUUUUAGACCUAACCUUAAACCUAAUCCUUAACUUGAUCCUACCCCUUACCGUAGUAAAGUCAUGCAAAAUUAAAGACCAGUUAAGGUCUGAUGAGCAAUCUGGAGCGGUUUAUCGCAUCCUGUGCCAAAACUGUCCUUGUAACCACAAAGCCCAGACUGAAAGCAAGCUCGGAUCGCGCAUACACGAACAGGAGCUGGCUAUGCGACGAGGCGACGCAUUACUACACGUGGCCGCCCACACCUACGAAAUGGGCCAUGCGUUUAACUCUGCAGCCACUGAAAUAGUCGCCCCCACCCCCGAAAACAAAACAGCCCGCGAAUUGAUUGAAGCCUGGGCCUCUGAUGAGAACUCAGUCAGUGGAUUCAUCGAUCAGGCGCCGGCGUACAGAGCCCUGUGCAGUCAUCUCCAGUCUUGCGCCGUCGGUCGGUGAUUGGCUAACACGCCCUACAACUGUCGCCUGUUCUGCUGUUGCUCUGACGAUAGACUCCUGCCCCAGUUCGUAAGCUCAAAAUAAUAAACGGAAUGUUUCUGUGGUCGACCACCCUUCUUCUUCACUUGUACAUGCAUCUGGAAUUUGAACUUUCGCCUUCAUUCGUAAUUUAUAACCUUCCAGGAAUUCAACGCAGGACCAUCUGCAUUACGAGGGCACAUGUUCCUAUUUCCGUGCCUUAUGCCUGGUCGUUGCCGAAAAUGAGUGGUCCUCAUCUUUAUAAGACCUCGCAGUUUCUACAGACUACUUAUGUGUUACAGGGUUGAAUUCAGAGUGUUUAAUACAUUAAAGUAGGAAAGUGGCCCAAUUAUGGUUUUCUAGCUUGCUAUUGCUUUAAAAGGCCCCACCCUUAUAGCCCCCUUCACCACCAUUCCCGAACUAGAGAUAGUCGUAUGACAAAGUGCUAAGGGUGGGGGAGAGGUUGGUGCAUACUUUCAUGUCCAGCUCUGAGGACUUGAGAUCUAAUCUGCUUUCCUAUUCAGAAGCCACUUGAAAGGAAAGAUUAAUCAAGACAUUGGCCAGAUGUCAGAAAUUGGAAAGUAAAUCUCGGACGCUCUUUAUUCAAUGCCGUCCAGUCGAUCCGGGAUAAAGGAAAAGUAGGAAUUAAUUGCACGGAAGAAAAGGUCUCGUUAUAUACAAAAAAAUGGCAUGCGAAGGCGAAAGCUCGAGUUACAGGUGAAAGGGUUCAAAGAUAUCCGCGCAUGUUUGCACUUGCCAAUUCUAUCUAAAUUUAUCAGUCGCCGACCCGCCUGGCAGCAGGUACCCUUGUGAAAUCUUUUGUUCGUAUGGCGUCUGUAUAGGCCAAAUUAUGUAAAAUCCUGUUUGCCUUAUUAAACCGCAUCUUAGUCAAUUCAAGUACGUAAAGAUUACCACGAAUCCUCGAGAAACCGUAUUGAGACCUAUACUCAAAAUGCCAGGUGUUGGCAAACUGCUAUACCUGGAAUUACAGUGGAUGGGCUAACUCAUGAGAUGUCGACCAAAAUUCCGAAAUGCGGUUUAGCUUUGGAAAGACUAAUUAAGCAGGGCUGUAAAACUAAUCGUCAUGCAGCAUAAUUCUAUAAUAAUUCAGUUACCUCAUGAUGCUGGAUUUCGAACAAACUUCUUCCCGGCUACAUGUAAAAACGAUACGGUGUAAAAAAUGACUACUUAACUAGCAUGCACUUCCCUCAUUGAUUUUCGAUACCUUUAAAAAUUCAAUUAUAUUUCAUGAAAAACAUGCGCAAAAAUAUUCAUUCUUUUGCUCAUUCGGUAGAAAAUGGCGUCUUCUUUGAAUUUGAUACGCAAGGGAGGGGUAUAAUUCGGUUUUAAAAAAAUGUCUAAAUGUGAGAUUUUUUAAAAUCGUUAAAUGGCUGUUCAUAAAACGUCAUAUCUAUGCAUUUACCAGUGUGGCUCAUAUACACUGCUAAACUGUAUUAACCCCAUACGGUCUCCUCUUUAUACCGUAGAGGAAAGUAUGGCUUUCCGUACGCGGAAAAUAUGUGGCUUGUAUUUUGGAAACCCUGAAUGCAAGUGAAACGGCAGGUCGGGGUUCAGAAUUAUUCGGGAAUUAGAAAAAGUUUCUGAAAUCCAAGUUAUACCCUUCCUUCGAGUAUAUAAUUGGAAGAAGACCUAAUUUUCUACCGAAUGAGCAAAAGCAUGAAUAUUGUAUGCAUGUUUUCCGUAAAAAGGGUUGAAUAUUUAAAGGCAUCGAAAACCAAUGAGAAAAACGCAUGCAACUUAAGAGUUCAAUUUUGCAGGGUAUACCUUUUACAUGCAGCCGGAAAGGAGUUCGUUAGAAAUCCGGCAUCUUAGAUAACUGAAUUAUUAUAAAAUUAUGCUGCACGAUGAUUAUUUUUACAACCCUGCUUAAUUAGUCUUUUCAGAGCGAAAUCGCAUUUCGGAAUUUCGGUGGACAUUUCAUGAGUUAGCCCAUCUACUGUACACUAAUUCUGAGAAGAUAUUUGAGUGUUAACUUCACCAAAAGAUCCUUUUAGUGAGCAAUCUCUGUUGACUGUCAUAUUUACUUAGUUUUUUGCGUGGACUGGAUUCCUGUUCAUCGAAGACUAAAGUUUACACAACUGCAACCAUUUUGACGGUUUCGGGGUUUUCCGUUUUUCUGAAAAAUUUUAUAUUUCUUAACAAGCUUACAUUGCCUUUAGCAUAUCUUUUAUGCUAUUUGUUAACAAAGAUGUUGGGUCCACGUAUUGGUGUCGUUUGGCGGUUGAUUAGCAGUCAUUCUUAAAUUUCGCCGUCAGUAAGCUAACGCGCUGUAAUAGUAAUAGAGCGCUCACCGAUCGCGCUACGGAACUCACUCGUCUCGUUUGUGCCUUGGGAAUCUCUCUUUCUGGAGCCCCACCAGCAGCCGCACAGCAGCGCGUGAUAUAGGCGGAAUAGCAUCACCGCCUUGUCCUUGUCGGUAAAGCCACUCCGCCUAUAACACACUGUAAGUUCUCUUGACGCAUUGUCUGAACGCAGGUGUUAUUGUGCAAAUGGCAAUUAGCUUUGGCUAACUUCUGCCUUACACAAGGAUAUAUAAGGAUUAUGAGGUGCGUACCAGGGAACAAACGGUGGCUGGCAGACGAUGGAACAAUGUGGGCGUGGUCUCUCAUCUUGCAACAACACAGAUUAUCGGUCCAGGACUAGGCAUCGUGAUUUAGAUGCUUCCAAACGGAUAGGCACCAUACACUGGUGAUUAUCAAAAAACGCCUCGCAGUAUCCAUACACAUGUUUCGUGAAGUUAGAGAUGGAAAAGGGGACUUUGUGUCUGCUGCUUCUCUGGUUUUUGGCGCCAGCGCUUUAGAUGGGGAUAGAUUAAACUCAUCAGAUUACUCCUGCAAAGGUUCUGGCAACGCCCACCGUCAACUUCUCGUCUGGGUUCCGGCUACUUUAACUGGUACAUUCCGAGCGAAAGUUAAAUUUGCUUGUUGGCGACACAUGCAAGCAGCCCCGCGAUUAAACGCCGGUCUAAUCAGAUUCGGAGCCAGCCAAUCACAUGUAUAGCAAAAUGUCCAAUAUCCCGCUUGCGUCCCCUCUUGUAUGCUGAAGGCACAUUUCGUAAGCUGCAGCAAUGUCACGAAUUUCACUACCCGUAUUUGCCAUUCCUGGAAGACCAGCUUGCGAGUAUACGUUUGCUCUUGAUAAAUCCUCGUCAGGCCAGUACCGAAAAACACACCAGUGAUUAUAGAAAUCGAUUAAAGUUCGUCGUAAAGCACAGGCGGGUUGUGGGAAUAUGGGAGCAGGGAGAGGGAGGUAAUAACAGACAGUGACGGGGACUGGAUGAGAGUGGGAGCUGCAUAGUUAGUCGACCUUUGACCGCGGUAUGUGCGAGCCCGGACGCGGUUCUUCUGUGUGCACAAGACCGAUUUUCGUGAUCUAAUGGCGACUGCUUCUGCUGUUGCCUUUAAAAAACAAGGUUGAUGCCUCGUUUCUGCAGAACAUUCCAACAAAUUUGGAAUACAGUCAAGUUCAAAAAUCGAAAAAUACGGGAAUAUGGCCCACACAUAGCCAAAAUGAAACCGACUACCAUCGGAGGGUGCCUACAAAUGUACUCCUAUGGGAGAUUCAGCCGCAAUGGCGCAAUAUGCGACCCCGACCAGAAUGCGGAGGGUAGGUCAUAAUGACUUACAUGGCCGGUGGAAAUAGGGGUUAUAUGAGUAGGACUACUGGAUGGGAAAGAGAGCGGUGAGAACGGACGAAGGCUUGGAAAAAUGUUCUCAUUCCGUGAAUAGGUUCAAAGAUAUCCGCACAUGACCUUGAAAACGGCCCGAAAAUCUAAUCUAUAUAUAUAAAAAUGGAAGGGUUUUUUUUCUGUGUUAUAUCUAAUCUCCGAAAGUACUGCACCGAUUUCGCUGAACUUUGGACACAACCCGACCCGCGCAUAGGGCCGGGUUUUUGGCUGGUCAGUUGUGUAAUUAUGCCGAUGGUAUGACUGUGAUGGGUAAAAAACUGGAUUUUUUCCGGCCUAACGACGUCACCUGCUGCGGCCACUUGACCUACAUCUGCGCGGACACAUGUGCGCCAGACUGCGGCCACUUGACCGACAUUCGCUCAAACGCACGUUCUCUGCCCGACAGCCGCGCUCACCCCACCACCCACCCCCAGCAGACACUUGAGCAGGCCCUCCACCCUCUCUGGGGCGAUGCAAUCUGGGCCGGUAGGCAAGCCACCCACCCUGCAGCAAAAAAACGCAACACUUGGGCUCCACUUGAACUUGCCCCACACUACCCACAUAAUUGGGCUGCGGCCGCUUCCGCUGGGAUUCUCGGGCGCGACGACUGGGUGCGGUUAACAAGGCCCCCUUCCCCCCUCCCCACGCACAACCCACAUGUAUAACAACCCACUGUAUAACAAGAUCACUUCCAACGAAAUCGCCGAUGCAAUAUGCGCUGAAUUACCUGACGCCGACGUCGACACUAAUUUGCCCGAAGUCGCGGCGAAGAAUAUGAUAAAUGGACUUUACGGUGCCCUGAGUCCCAAUUCUCCCUCCCCCCACCCCUCACCCCCCAGUAUGGUAGACGGAAAACGCUCUAAGAAAUAUCCUCGGGCAUUCGUAUGCACCACAGUUACCGGUAACGACAGAAGUUCCUUGUACCGAAAACGAUCAGCGGAAGACUUCGGCAACUUGGCACCGUACGAAUGCGAAUCGGUGACUUCAAAGCCACCGGGGUAUUCUCACAGUAAUUGCUGGCAAUCGGGAAUGCAACGGUGCACGCUGAUCCGACUACAAGAAUGAUUUCCCUACGUCUUGGCCUCGGAAAUUUAGUGUCCUCAAAAGAGGAAUUGGUUGAGACGGUGUCUGCCACUAUUCAGACCGCUUUCAACAAUCCCGGCUGAUUGAGCGAACGAGCGCUUCUUGCGGCCAAAAACAAACACAUGUACCAUCUUAGCCACAUUAUUCAGUCCAAGAUUCAAAGCGGGGCAGUCACAUACCCGUCCGUCGACACUGUUGUGAAAGCAGACGGGGCAGGUUAAUUAUCGAACAGAGCCACAGCAACGCGUGGCGGGGUCCAGCUAGUACUAGCUAAAUUUGAUGCCGAAAAACCUAAGAAAGCAAAAUACAACGGUAGGGGGAGCUCACCGAUCGCUCUUACGGAACUCACCCGUUACGUUGUGCCUUACGGGCUCUCUCUCUCGAGUCCAACUAGCAGCCGCACAGUCGCGCAUGAUAUAGGCAGUAUGUCAUUACCGACAAAGACAAGGGUGACUGGAAUGGCCAUUUCUGGCUUAUUAGCCGUCAUCAGCCAGUCAUACGAACCUCGAUUUGUGGAACACCCGAGGCUCGUACUCGUGACCUGUUAGCUAGAAGUCCACGCAUCUAACCACUGGGUCACGAUCAGUGAGCGCCCUCUACCAUUGUAUAUUCCCAAUCGAAACCGACAGGGCAACGGGCUCGUGGCCCAGUGGUUAGAGGCGUGGACUUCUAACUAACAGAUCGCGAGUUCGAGCCUCGGGCGAUCCACACUUCGGGGUUGGGUAUGACUGGCUGACGACGGCUAAUAAGCCAGAAAUGGCCAUUCCAGUCUCCCUUGUAUUUGUCGGUAGUGACACACUGCUAAAUACAGCGCCUGCACAAAGACCGUUAGGUUCGGAGAUCAAGGCAGCGAAAUGGCCAAUAGAAACCCAAGGACGAAUGACGUUGGUUGACAUCAUAAGAGUAAAGUGGGAACGUUGACCCAACGGCACGACAUAAUGAUGCGGAACCGCGGAACACAAAGGGCAGCCGCCAAGGUGGCCAGCAAAGUCAAAGUAUACCAAAUUAGCGUGUAUGCCAAUCGACAAAUAAGUUGAAUGAGAUAGUUAAGAGAAAAAAUGUUAUCUUGAAAAAAGUUAAUCAGUGUACAAAAUUAAACAUCAUUACUUUCGUAAGAAUCAGUAGGGAGUAAUAAGCAAUAGGCAAAGUUGGAUCGCAUAUUCGUCCUUACCGAUUCAGCUUUAAUGUCAAGUAUCUCGCUCAUUAGUUGUGCAAAGUUCCCCCUUUAUGCGUUCAAGGCAUAUUUCUUCCUCCAGUUGUCUUCGUAUGUCACAGUAAAGCCACAAAUUUCAAUAUCCGUUUUCGAUUUUUGUCAAAAAGCAAGGCAAUAUCUUUGUUCCCCAUUAAGCAUUCCAAAAAACAUGAAAUUCAGUUAAGUUCGAAAAUUGAAAAUGGAACCAACUAUCGCUAGGGGAUGUUUAAAAGCGCACUUUUGUGAAAGAUGGGGCUUGAAUUUUCAUCAUCACCAUAGGGAACAGCAGGAGCAGAACAAGCGACAGUUAUAGAGAGCAUCGCCCAAUCAGAAACCAGUGCAUGUGUCCAGCGGUGACUGCGCAGGGCUUCGUAUGCUGGUGCCUAGUCGGUAUAUCGAUUGGCGGAGUUCCCGGACUACAAUGAAUUCACGGCUUUUCUUGCUUCUGACAUGGGCAUAUAUCUUCGCGGCUGUAAAGUUGACCUCGUGACUAGCUUCAGAGGUGUGGGCAGCCACCUGUGAUAUUUCAUCAUCCUGUAGCACAGUUAGUUUAGGUGCUUGCGUAGCGCACCCGUUUACAUGACCUCCAUCGGGGUGCCGGUAGCCUUGUUAACGACUAAGGAACCUGCACGGAAUAGUGCCAUGCUGCUGGUUCCUCUGUCAAUCUCCUCUAAAAUGGAGCUUAAACCUGACGCUUUGACGGUCUUGGUACGCCUGUUGUUGCGUUCGUCAUUAUAGUGGCGUGAAUAAAUACAGAUGCAGUUAUCGCACACAAAACUACGCAUUCCUGAACGUAAACAUAUGGAAAUAUGUAAUACUUCUUUUUACUUCCCUACUUCAAAUCUUGGAGAAUGUCGUUGCUUUAGCCUAAAUAUGCGCGCAUUCGUGGUUGUCAGUCAUACCUAGGAGAUAUGUCAUUUUUGGACCAUGCGACUUCGCGAGCUUGAGAGUAUAUGUGAGACACUCUGCGACAGAUGUUCCACACCUCGUUCAGAUAAAGUGUUCUUCAAAUAGUACUGUCCAGCAUUUAAGUUGGAUUUUGGAAAUGGCUGAUGUUAAAAAAAGCCUCCCAUAAUGGAUUGGUUUAAGAGCGUUUUUAACGGAAAACAGGUUACAUGUAGUGAGUAAUUUGUUGAGGACUAUGUUCUCUAAGUGUCCUUAUCGACCACCGCCCUUUACUUAGUCGCACUCUUCUUGACACGCAUUUAAAAACUUCUGCAAUUAUUUGAUUGGUCGUGCCCUCUACCGUUCGUAGCGUGCCGAAAUAUUUUACCCAUCCAGGUGAACUGAGAAGUCCGUUCCAAUCCUCAUGACUUCAGCUGCACUUAGGAAAACAGUUUUUCGUUAUUUUUAAAGUAGGAAAUUAUUAAAACUCAAAGGAUCUUGUAAAAGGUGUCUGAAGAGAACCGUAUCUCAUUCACGGAAAUCAAAAAUUUAUAAUUUGUGCUCGAUGCUUGCUUAUUUGUUCGUGUGCCGGGUCCCAGAAUUAACGUCUCUUUUUUUAUCGUUGUCUAGCCUAAAUAAACGCUUCUUCUUUCUACCACUGCUAAUCUUGCUUUUUUUGCUUCUCAGUUAAAGCAGUCUACAGAGAAAGCUUUAUAGCUUAUAAAGUCCACUGCGUUCACGAACAAGUUAGAUGCAGGUUAUAAGUUAAAGCACUGCCAAAUAAGAUGUGUGCAUGGAAUCCGGGAACUUAGGGGGAAGGGGGGGGGCUUGUUCCACCGUGCUGGUUAUUUUAUUUGCUAUUUGUGGUUUUCAAUUAUUUCAUUUUGAUUUUCAGACCACUGGUACUCACGUAUAAUAUACCUUCGCUCUCGGAAGGACACGUGCCUCUGACGUUGUCUGAAACGGUUGUGUGGGGCAUAUUUCAACGACGUAUAAUCUUCUGGAAUGACAUUAGGAUAAGGGCCUUAAAUCCGAGUACGUUUAGUCAGGUCUUCUUUCGCCUUUAUAUUCACAAAUAAUCAAUUUGCUAGCUCACUGCUCAACCAGGUCCGGCGGUAGCAUCAUCAUACUGCCCACGAUUUCUUGUUUAUUAGACCUGAAGGUGUGAGUAUUUUGAAGUCAGCCAUCCGUUAAUGGACAACGGUAUGGAGAAGGACGCCACUUUACUGUCGGCAGUCUGUGAAUCACGUCAUAGGUGCUGUUACCUUGGCAUCCAUUCGCAGGCUUUUGCAUAAAAUUACAAAGCCAAUAACAGUCACUUCCCCAUGACUUCAAACUAUCACUCAAACUUCUUCAUUUUUCGGAAUUUAUUUUUUGUUUAUUUUCAAUUGCUGCGCUCAUUUCCGUUGUCAUACGAAAGCGUACGAUGAGUCUUUCAGGAAAAAUCCAAACAGUUAUUGUGUUUUCCUGCAUUUCGUCAGCUUACUGUCUAGUGCGCUACCCCACCCGUAGAACUCUCCUUAUCACCAAUCACUUAUGACAAGAUCCACGAUCUACCGGCAGUAAAAUGGGGUCUUUUUCCAUACCAUUUACCCUGCAACUGGUCCCAAAUGACAUGCUCUACCUUCUGACUUCAAACGGAGGGUUGGGUGUCAAUGGUCCCUUCCUACUUUGACGUUGUUGCAACUUCCAAAUUUUGUGUUAUUCACCCUAAUAAAGUCUGUUCCUGGUGGUGUGAGGAACCAGUACAUGUGCUUUAAGCCUACUCGACGGAGAAUGCUUGGUAAAGUACGGAGCCAACGUCCAUCGCCGGGCGUCUUGACUUUGCCCACCGUUGAAACGUGACCCAUGUAAGAAGAACAGGUGAGGUAGAUAUCUCAAAAGUAAUGUUCUCACGAACUAACGAGUUAUAUCUCACGGGCCCUUAGCAUUAAAGGCAGCAAGUAAAAUCGACCAGGGAAUAAUAUAGAAAUUCUGAACAUUAAGUAGCCUGACAACAGAGCGCGACAGCUAAACAGACAAGCGAAUCGGGUUGUGCAGGUGUGUUGUUUUUCGUCACAUUUAAACAAGCAAUCCGGGCAAAGAAAACGGGACUAAAUUGUCAAAUGUAAAUUAGUCCGAUACCUCAACACAGUCCAUUCCAAUCUAUCGCUGGGUAGGAUGAUUUAUGUGGCCCCCUAAACACGAUAUUGAAAUAGGUACACUCCGCUCAAGUAAUAAAGGUGAACCUGCGCGUAAUUCUGGGAAGAGCAAAAUACUUCCAUGCUAUAACCCCAACCAUUACCCUAAUAUAAAACUAAACUGUUGCCUUAAUCUUGACCCUAACCCUACACCAAACCUUGACUCUGCAGUUAACACUAGCCCAUACCCUAAUUCUAAACUCGAUCUGGACUUACUUUGCCGCUAACUUUAAAUCUAGCCUUAGACCUAAUCCUUAACCUAACCGCAACCUUAACCUAAGUUGACUGAAUACCACCCGUAUUGCAGGCGGUUUCUCUUCCCAUGUCAGCCCUACCCAUCGAUGUUUACGCCGAGAAAAAUUAAAAUAUUUAGAGCAUCCAUUUUGGAUUAGGGCCUUGUUAGUGUGCGUGGGUUGGACACACGGAUAUGUGUACCCCCUCCCCCGAAACACAACGCAAAGUCAGCCUGCAAUGCAGGAAUGAUCCUUUCGUGAGAUGCAACGUGGUGUUCUUAAAUAUAGAAAAUAAAGAAACCAUAACACCACUACUUUCUUGAUUAAAUGCCGCAAAGUCAACUACAAUAUGGGAAAGCUGGUGGCGGUGGUAGGAGGCCUCGAUGAGAGGAAAAGUAGUGCUCCUGAACGUAUAAAAAGGGAAAGUUGCAUUUUCGCUAUAAACAUGUUCUUAAACAUAACGAGGCACUUUUUAAGGGGAUAGUUCAGGCGGCACACGCCCGUGCUCUUCCACGUCUUUGCCUGUCAUUGCUACCGUUUUGUUAAACGAAAGGACAAUUGGAGCGCCCCAAUUCCCUAAAACAAAGCGACACCAGAAAUAGCACAGUUUCCUGACCGUGGGUCUCAUUGGCACCUAAGGUCUCACUGUUGCCUUCUUCUACUCUCUUUUUUUUGCGGCUGCAGACUUGACGCUACCCCGCGCAUCUAUCACCGUGAUCGGCUACAGCAGCCUAAACAGCCCAGCCAACUUUGA